GGCAGCUAGCACGCGUUUUUGUCUCGUUGCCUCCUUAAUAUCAAUUUUAUCAGUACUUUCUGUGUGUCUCUUCUCGAAAUAAAUAUAUACACAGGAUAUAGGAUACGGGAUACCUAUAUGUAUAAAUAGGAUUGUGUGCCCGUGGAAUCUAUACAUAGGCGAGAAUUAUACAUACAACCGCGCCGUGCUCUGUGGUCAGUGUUUUUAUCAGCUUUGAAGAACCGUGUGUACAAUAUCCUGUCGCUGGCAUCUUAAUUUUUUAUUACGUUCAUAUUUUUUUUCUGUUGACCGUGUCCUGGCUCUUCCUGUUCUAUCGCAGUGUGUUUUUAGCGAUCGUUAACGUUUCUAUUGCUCUUGUGUUUGGAGAACGAAGGUGCAUGUGUGAGUCGUCGUCGCCAUAUUAUGAUUAAUGGGCAGACGUAAAUAUAAAAAUACAAUAAUAACACCGAAAGACGAAAAUAAAAGGGAAAACACUUUUCCUGAAGAAAACUACGCAACCGAAGAAGAAAAAGAACAACUCUCGGCUCAGCUCAAGUCCACCAAGUUCGAGUCGAGUCUGGUUUUGGUUUCGUUGGUUACGACCGUCGUGUGUGCUGCUAUGCGUGUGUUGUGUGCGCGAAGGUGUAUGUGAAAAGGCAAACCGAAGAAGACGGAGAAGGAGGAAGAGAAUAGUGUUCAGCAAAAAUUGUGCAGCCGAAAAUUAGUGCAAAUCAAUCGAAAGCAAAAGUGUACUUAACGAUCGGAGCAGCAGCAGCAGCAGCAAGAGUGAAGGGGACCGAUUCUGUUUGUGCUUACCUACGAUAAAUAUAGCGAUGUAUACACACACGAACAGUUGAUUGGAUAUUGGAUAAAUUGGAUUUGGAUUAAACUGCGAGCAGCAAUAACAACAACAACAACAACAAAAGCAGUGCACGUUGUUUUCCUUUAAAUCCAUCAUUGUUUAUAGACUCGUGUGCAGCAUUUUGUGUGAUUGCAAAAGUUGCAACCGGCGGAAAAGUUGUGUGCAGUUACUGUAAAUAAACGCACUUUGGAUAACCACUGCUGGGCACAGCACGCGGCGUUACGGCUUACCAGGAGUGUCAUAUAUUCAGUAAGCCACUCGCAUCGCCAAGAGAUCUACCACUAACAACUGAAGAAAACAACAAAUCGAGAAGAGCUGAGCUGCAAGAGGAGACAGAAGUGCGUGAUUCUUUUAACCAUCAGGAUUCUAAAGUGCUGCCGUCAUUCACACAAGACCAAGAAGAAGAACCCGCUCGGUAGAUGAUAUCUAGUGCUGCAUGAGUGUGAUUUCCUAACAAUUCUAUCAACCAGUUUUUAUCUCCCGAUGCUCGGAUUUGUUGUUGUGUAUUGAUGUUUCGUUUUACCUUUCUUGCACCCUGUGUUUUGUUUCUCGCGAUUGGUGAUUUGCGUUUGCGUGCGUCACGAGUGUAGAACCCCCUCGAGAAGGCAAAGAAAAUAAAACAAACCUCUCCCCAAAUCUACUUAAGGAAAUGUGAAAGUGAGCGGAAGCGGUUCAAUGAUUUCGCAUGCCCGCAGGUCGAAGGAAUCGAUCCAACAACGACGACAGCAACGAGAGCAACAGUUUCCAAUGCCGUCGACUGAAUGUUGUGUCUAAACGUUCCUUCCAUUUGAUUUUGUUUUGCUGUAAGCGGUGAAGAAAGUGAUUUUUUUUUCUCUCUGGGUUCGAAAUCGGAUUGAGUGUCCCACCCGCCCCAAAAUCAACCCUUUGCUUGUCUCACCGAGAAAGGGUUGACCUCGUGCGCUGUGUGUGUGUUUAUUGAGAUUUGAAGAAAACGGAAGUUCGUGAUGAAUCGAUCCACAAUGGGUAGUAACAACGUGCCGCCCAAGUUUUACAAAUUAUGCCGCCUUUGCUUGGGCAAUGUGGGCGACUGUGAGCUGGGUGAAUCGACGAUAGUGUUCGCCGGUGCUCAAGAAAAGGCCAUCUCACAACGGAAACGCCAACAGAACGGUGGAGCCUUGUCCACAGUUGGCAGUGAUGUAGUAGUGAUGGACCAGGACUCCGUCACCGGCACCAACAACGAUGCCGGUGGUGGUGGUGGUGGUGGUGAUGGUGGCGGCGGAGGACGUGCCGGUGCCUUCAAUCAUCAGCACGCAGCACGUCAUGGAACCAUCGCCAGUAGUAGUGGAAGCAGUAGUAGCAGCUCGAGCAGUUCAAGCUCCAGCUCCAGUUCGAGCAACAGUAGCAGCAGCAGUGACGACGAUGAAGUCACAGCUGACGAUGAUUACGACAACGAUGACGACGAUGAUAACUUCUUCGACGGAGCGGACGACGGGUCCAACGUGGAUCUGGCCAAGCGGAUACGGACGUGUCUGACGAUCAAGAUCACACCGAAAGAUGGUCUUCCGACGGUGGUGUGUAGUUCCUGCCGCGAUCAGCUGGAGACGUGCCACCGGUUCCGACGGGUGGCGUACAAGACGCAAAAGUCACUGCAGAGCUUCCUCAGCUAUGCCGCCAAACUGAGCGGAAGUGCACAGGAAAUCCUCUCGCAGUCGUCCGAGAAGCUGGAACACCUGAUCGCCUCCUCACCUGCCUCGUUAGCUGCGAAAGCGUCCGCCGAACAGGAUGCGAUAGCCGCCCUCCAAGCGUUACGCAACAACAACAAUCAUACAGCAAAAUCAGUUACCUCAGUACUUAGUAAAACGCAUCUACAAAACCUGGAAGCGAAUUCCGUAUCUGUGAUCCCGAUUGAGAGUAUGAAAAUUACGUCGUCCUCCAAUCAGCAACUGCAACAGCAACAGCAUCCGUCGAUAAUUCAUCAUCAAACGAUACACCUGCAUCAUCCGACAGCGCAAAUUCAGCAGCAGCAACAACCAAAACAACAACAGCAGCAGCAACAGCACCACCACCAGCAACUGAUACAGGUGAAGAAUUUGACUCAGCUCCAGCAGGAACAUCUCGAAACCGCAGCGGUAUUAAUGGACAUUAGUAAAAAAGUGAUAAUCUCGCCACCAAGUUCGAACCCACAGUCGCCCAGUUUGAGUGCCGAGCAGCAGCAGAAACAGCAGCAGCAGCAGCAGCAGCAACAACAACAGCAUCAGCAACAGCAAUCGCAGCAGUAUCAAACCAUCAACAAUAACAACAAUCAACCGCAACUACAAAGUAUUAAGUCUUCUGUGAUAAAGCCUCACGAGUUUCUCCUGAACAACCUUAAGCGAUCACCCAGCAGCGAAGAGAUGGAUCUGACCAUGAAACGCGUCAAAGUCGAGCCGAACAUCCUGUCGCCGACCCUCCCGGCCACCACCCUGGUCAAGAAGAACGUCAUCAAGCGGGAACACAUGGACGACAUGGCCGUGGACGAUCAAGCGAGCCAGCACAGCGACAGUGCCGACAGUAGCGAUUCGGGACGGCUUCAGAUGGACAUCUCCUCGCAGGAUGCCGGCUCCGAGUGCACCACGGACGAAAUUAAACGGUCAAAUAACAAUAAUAAUAACAACAACCAUCACCAUCAUCACCACCACCACCACCAACACCACAACCAGGUGGACCACCAUAUCGGGCGGGAGACGCCGGACAGUUUGAAUUCGCUGGAAGAACAGCAACACCUGCAGCAGGCGCAGAUUCAUCUGAGUCAGCAGUUUGGAGCGCUGGCCGAUGGUGCGGAUCCGGCCACGACUCAGCUGUGGCAGGCGCUGGCGCAGAAUACGAAUCUCAUUGUAAACGGUGCCGGUAAUGAAGCAACGCAGCUUCUCCGAAAGAUGAUCAAUGCUCGAACGCUAGGCCUUCAGUUUUCACCGUCCAUUCAGAUUACACCUGGAGUGUCACUUAUCAAGCAAACCGAUGCGAAUCGCAACAGUGGUGGCGGUGGUGGUCAGAGUGGCCGCCGGAAGCAAUCCUGCCCCAGUCGAACGCCAGUAGAGGGAAACUCGCCCAACACAACGAUGGAAGCCUUGAAGCUAACCACCUCGAAUAAAGCCAGUGGAGUAACGACGAUAGUUACCAACAAUCGAACCAGCAGCAGUCCGGUACACCUGGACGCUGCCAGUCAACUGAACCGUGCCAACCCUGCCAACAUCCUGUUCCGAACGAAAACCGAUGGUUCGUCUCCGGGCGUUCUACUGCCCGGUGUCAUCGAGCAGAACAGCGGAACCGUUAGCCCUCAGUUGCAAGCCGUGAAGAAUGCGGCAGCUCAAUUGGCUGCUCAGCAAUUGGCACAGCAGUCCCAAGCUCAACAACAGCAGCAGCAGCAACAACAGCCACAGCCACAACAGCAGCAGCAAGGUCAGAACCAGAACCCAAAUUCUACCCAGAAGGACAUGUCCUGUACCAACUGCGGCACGACGACGACCACCAUCUGGCGGAGGAACAUCCGCGGAGAGAUGGUGUGCAAUGCCUGUGGAUUGUACUUCAAGCUGCACGGUGUCAACCGGCCGCACACGAUGCGACGGGAUACGAUCCACACGCGGCGACGUCGCCCCAAGGGGGACAAGGCCACCCGGAGAAAGUCCAUCAAGCAGGAAGGUGCGGAAGUGAUCGACAACGGCGUCGUGGAGGGAGCUGCCGAUUUGCAUGCACUGCAGAAUCACAACCUGCUGAUUGCGUUGAGGGAUGCCGCCCGAGCGACGCCGCCCAACUUUCCGAUGUCACCUGCCUUCCAGCACUACCUGCGAGUGACGCAGAACUUCGAUCCCAACGGUGCCGGUGGUGGUGGGGCUGGUGGCGUCAUCGUCGGCGGUGACGUCGAUGUCGGCGACGACAGUGGCCCUGAAAACGACAUCGAUUCGUGCAACCUGCCGUUGAAUCUCGUUGCCACUCAGCUCGGUGGCAGUGACAACUCGCAACACUGACUGCGUCGAAAGCCCGUCAAGACCAGCUAGGGCCGGCGGCGGAAGGUAAAAGCGGUGACGACGACGCCUAAACGCAAAAAGCGUCGCCGCAAGAAAAGAAAGUCGUAAGCCGACGCUCACUUGGAUGGAUGAGUGGCGAAGAACGUGUUUGGUGGCAUUAGCAUGGGCGGGGCUAGAAGGAGGAGACGCCACGACGGUUACGAAUCUAUUGAAUACACUAUUACUACUACUGCUACUACUAUUAUUAACUAUUACUGUAACUGAUUCAACUACUACUUACUACUUCGAUUACGGCAUCAAAACAGAGAGAAUUGCUAACGGAAGGCAACCAUCAAGCUUUAUGCUGCUACCAUACUUAAGAAGACUUGCACGGCUUAGAAAUCCCCAACUCUUUCGCCAGAUUAGACGAGGCAGCAACACCUCUACAACACAGACACUCAAACACACCGUUUUCGGAACACUAAUCAACAAAGCAACAAGAGCACACGAAAUUUGAUGAAAACAAUUCUAAAGAGUAGAAAAGGUAGUUUAGAUCGAAAAAGAAUACUCAUUGCAAAAAAAAAAGAAACGGAAAGUGAAUCGGUAAAGGAAAUACUCUUUUUAACAAAAAAAAAAGCAAAUAGCAAAAA